CUCAACCAACCUUGCAGCACACAACUCUACAGGACGCACAGAAUCCAGGGCAGCAGAAUCCACUUGCCUUUGCCUCAUUGAACGAACGACCCUUCUCACCACGGACCAACCGAGCAGAGGCGCGCCAUGGUCACAAAGGACAUUCAACUCGCACUGCAUGCUCAUCUCAGUCAAGCAAGCCUUGCUGCUAAUCAGGACGAUCUCGCUAGACACCUCGAGACGUUUUCUCGCGACUGGAAGCAGGAACCCACACUCGAACAGUUCGAUACCGCUCUGGGACUUUUGCGCGACUCAAAGGAAUCCCUCAGCAGUGAGACAAUCGCCCUCUGGUGGCUGCGGUACCUGCAGGAUAUUGCUCUCAGCAACCACAUUGAAAAGUACUCCACGGAGCUCAGUGAUGCUCUGCUAAAAUCCGUUGAUCCGCUGGCCGAGCUGCUCCAGGGUCCGUCAGGAACGUUAGUCAAGCGUGCCCUCCAGGUCUGCGCGACUCUUUAUGGAACAGUAUUUCAGAUCUGCUGCCAGGAUAAUGCCAACCAUGGACAACUCUGGAAUCAGUAUGCUAUAAGGAUAAAACAACUGGCGUUGGCACACUUUGGCAGUCGAAGCGAGGGCGUUAUGGUGACAAUUUGCAAAUACGCCCAAACUGUCGUCCAGAUCCAGUCAUACAGCCAGCCGAACUCGCUACCGCAGGAAGCAGAGACCCUAUCAUUAAACAGGAUACCCCCGAACCAUCCGUUUCUGAACGCCAAUGCAUUGCAACAGGAAUCGGAUCGUCUUCUUCGGGAUCUCUUAUCAGUUAUCCAGAGACCACAGAUUUCCCCAACAAUUGUCACGGCGGUAAUCAACCAGACCAGCGCCCUGCAACGAGCCAGGCCGCAGUUUGUACCGCUCGUACUUGGAAUAUGGACUGUAUUCACCAAGCCCACGCUUCCGGCUCACUUUACACCACUGCAGAUCAGAUCGAUCGACAAGGCUAUUAGGAUACAGCUUCUGGCCCUCACCAAGACGCAACUACAACCGCCACAGUUACAGGCUUUGACGGAGGCGCUAUCUGGGUACGGAAUCAAGUUCAACGGCGUACCGCUGGGCCGAUCACAGCAACAACAGCUUUUGUAUGUUGACAGGGAUAACGGAGAGGACUCGAGACGAUCGGGUAAACGGUCAAGAUCAUCGAACAAUCAGGACAGUGAAGAUUCGGAGAUAAAGCGAUUGAAACCUGAGACGGAUACGACAGCUGCCAUUGCACCAGCAGUGCCAGCACCAGCGCCACCGAGUAUUCCUCCAGGGUUCGGCCAGACACUGCUUGGUCAGAUCAAUAUCACUCAGCUCCCACUUCAUCACGUCGUCGAUAUCAUCUUUGAAACACUUGCUGCGAACAACGUGCCGCACUUAUUUCAUUCGUUUUUGUCCACACUACCUAUUAUGAGACUAAAAGAGGGACCUCUGCCAAUGCCGCCUCCAGGAGUUGGACCACCUCCGCCUGGGCUGUUGCUUCAGCGACCACCGCCGCCCAUGCUUCCAGGAAUGAUGCCACCUCAUCCCAGCGGUCUCUUCCCACCGCCUCCACCCCAUUUGCUUCCGCCUCAUCUUCCACCAGGAGCAAUGCCACCUCCCAUGCCCGAGCCUAUGUCUGAAGUCAAGCCAGAAAUCAAGCAUGAAGUCAAGAAGGAGGCAAAUCUGUCAAAACUACAGCUCCCGAAAAUCCCGGACGAUGUUCGAGUAAGCAUCACCGUCCUGUCCCCAAAGCACACUCCGGCCCAACUCCCUACAAGGCCUGUUGUUGUCAGAUCGGAUACUGUCUCUGUUGCUCCAGCUCCAGUCCCAAUUCCAGCUCUUAAAAAGGAAGAUCCAUCAGAGGGUGAUGUCAGUGCGGCACCAACGAUGGAGGUUGAAGAGCAGCAGCGGCUACUCAAGCAAGAGACAUUUCAAGUAAAACCUUUUGAGCCAUCGACCGAGCGCCCUGGCAUGGAUUCGGCUAUACUUCCAGCGAGGAAAUUAUUGGAGCUGACAUUUGAGCGCAUCCUCGAUUCUGAACAUGUAGUCUCGGUACCCGCCGCAUCAGGAAGGAAAAUGCUUGAGGCAGCUGCUUCUAGUCAUAGACAAUCAGAUCAGGAUCUUACGGAAGACCAGAACGCAAUGGUGCCUUUCGAUCACAAAAACUCUGGAGAGGAGCCUACCAAGGUUGUGACGAAAGCGGACUGGAUGACCAUCGUAGCUCGACUACUGAGUAGGGCGUUCACACGAGAUUCAGGUUCAAUCAGCCCAGCAAGCGGCGGAUCGAUCGACCAAGGCGUAAAGGAGAGAAUGAUUGAGUACAUCUGCAAGGACUUCAAGCAGCGACGAGAACUUGCGUUGACAUGGCUCCAUGAGGAGUGGUAUUAUGAUGGGAUGCGGCAGCGCCAGGCCGGAGACAUGGACGACCGGGAGCCGCAGUAUCUUUGGUGUCUAUACAAGAUCCUAGACGGUAUCACGUCUGGUGCGACGCAGCUCGAUGCCAAGGACCGCGGUCUGACUCGGUUUCUGCUGGAGGUCCCGGAAUUGCCCGAUGGAGCAGUAGAUAUCAUCCAAAAAUACUGUGACGAUCCAGCCCGGGCGCAGCUUGGAAUAGCUUGCUUGCGAGACGUUGUGAAUCUGCGCCCACCUAGCCGAUCUCGAGCCCUGGAGAUCCUUCUGGGAUAUACAGCCCACCCAGAGAAACCGCAGCGCUCUAUGGCGAUUGUCACAGCCAAGAAAUGGUACUUGGAGCAUCCCACUGUCGGGGUGAAGGUGGAAGAGUUUGCUCUCGCACAGCUGGAGACAUUGAAGGACUAUCCUGUACCCAAGCGUGAGCUUGCCAUACUGCAAACGAUGUCUAUGCCACCUAAUCAAUCUGACGCCACUAACAUGGACGGCGUGGAGCCGACGAUGCCCCACGCAUCAAGUGACGACGCAGAGACAAAGAUCAAGACAGAAGCUAUCGAAGAUUCUCUAAACCGCAACGGAACCAAGGAAUCAUCAGUGGAACGAUUCGGGACUCCUGCGCCUUCAGGACCAGCCAGCACCGGCCCAACAGAGCGAGACUUUAUUGAAGCCGAAGAGGAUAUUGGACGUCUUCUGGAGCUGUACUUUUCGCUCUGCGCCAAGAACCAUGGAUUGCUUGAAGUAUUGUUUAAGGACUACAUCUUGUAUGAUCCGUUUGUCCAGAGGGUCAUCCGGCAGAGGAUCCAGCCACUCAUAAAGUCGAUUAAAUCGGACUCGCCCAAGCUGCUCGCGCUCAUCAGGGAUAUGCCCAAGGGCGCGGAGAUGCUGGUGCUGAGGAUAAUUUUCAUUCUGACAGAUGGAGUUAACCCUUCGCCCGGCUUGGUCAGUACGGUCCAAGGUGCAGUGGUCCAGCACGAUUUGAAUGCUCGGUUCCUGAUCCCUAUCAUCGGUGGAUUGGACAAAGAGGCUGUCCUUACCAAUUUACCGCGGAUCGUCGGUCUUUUGAAGGGCACUGAGCGCGAACGCAGGACAGUGACUGAUGUAUUUAUGAAGUUGCUGACUGCAGGCGGAGGGACUACAGGGCCGGCUUCCGCUGUCGCAUCCUCUCUCAGCAGACGCGACAGCAGCACAGCCUCGACGAGUGCACCCUUGUCAACUCCAUCCCAACUCCAGAGCGCAGCGUCCAUGGCUAAAUCGCAUGGUCCUACUAUGUCGCCUUCUGAUCUGUUGAUUGAGCUUCAUGUUAUGGAGGACACCGUUGGCUGGAAAGCAGCUUGUGAAGCCAUGGAUAUUUGCUUCAACCAUCCUGAGAUAUUCAAGUCUGAAAUUAUUGCAGUAUCCCUGCAGCAACUAUUGGACCGACCCGCCAUCCCCUCACUUUUCAUGAGAACAGUAAUUCAAGCCAUCACGCUCUACAAGAACCUUGUUGGAUUUGUAAACAGCAUGAUCCUUGCAAAACUUGUCCAGAAAAAGGUGUGGACGCGGCCUGUUCUCUGGAAGGGAUUUGUUCGUUGCGCUAAGAUGAUGCUGCCGACCAGCUCCAGUGUUCUUGCCAGUUUACCAAAGUCCCAGCUGAAGGAUGUUCUCACCAUGGAACCGUCACUCAAGGAACCCGUGGAGGCGUACAUCAAGGCAAAGUCCUCAGGACGACGCGUUGGCGGCGGUGCCGCCAAGCAAGUCAAUGUCCUUAAUGCAGCUAGCGCAGCUACAAUUGGUCCCUCUGCAGCAACAACGGCUCUUCCUCCAAAAUUGGAAAAUACUGAACGUGCUACAGAAGAGUCCAAGAAGGAGCAAGAUGCAGAGACAGAGCUGAAGGGGUCUGAGAUGGACGACGUUCCUAUGGAACCCAGCAGCAAUAUCUUGUCAACGGAAAUUAGAUCAGAAUAGACCCAUUCUCAAUCACAACAAAGAAAAGAAUAGCGU